ACGCCUCUUUCUUCCAGUGAGUGUCGUCUAGGUGGUGUGCCGAUUUCCAACUCUAACAAUAUCCUUUUGACACUUCAACUGAUGGACUCUGACCAAAGCAACCUGGUUGAAUGGUACGGAGCUUUCACCUGCAACCAAUACUUCUGUCUGGAGUUUGAGCACCUGGACAAAAGUCUUCUUGACUUCAUGAAGGACAGAUCAUUUCAACCUCUCCUUCUGAAAGAAAUCAGACCCAUUGUCAAGCAGGUCGCCAAUGCACUUGAUUACAUGAAGGCUGCUGCGAUAAUACACGCAGACAUCAAGUUCGAGAAUAUUAUGUUGGUGAACCACGCGCAGGAGCCUUACAGGCUUAAAGUCAUCGACUUUGGCCUGGCCCACGAGGUGUCGGACGCGGCCCAGGGCGCCCGCAUUCAGUCCCUUCCGUACAGGUCUCCAGAGAUUCUUUUGGGCCUACCGUAUACCGAGGCCACGGAUAUGUGGUCCCUGGGCUGCAUCGCUGCCUCCCUCUACCUCGGAUGCUUCCUCUACCCCGGCAGGACUGAAUAUGACAUGGUGAGGUACAUAGUGGAGACUCAAGGUCAUCCAUCGGACACGCUGCUCACCCCAGGACUGACAACUGACUGUUUUUUCCAAUAUGACGGCAACUCCAAGAACCGUAUCUGGAAACUCAAGACACCUGCACAGAUCUUUCGUGAGACCGGGAUUCCGUCGAGAGAGAACAGGUUGAUGAAAUUCAGCUCGCUGUAUCACAUCUUGAAGACCCAGCGCUUCAGGAGUAAAACGACGGUUGAUAAAUGUGCCGAGUCGAGUGACAGGCUUAUCUUUGGGGACCUCCUCCGUGGGAUGCUUGAGUUUGAUGCCGCCAAGAGACUUUCACCCCGUCAAGUGCUCGAGCAUCAGUUCACCAGCAUGCAGCACAUGGUCAGCAGAUACCAUCUCAGCCCCUAUGUACAGUCCUGUUCUGAGAUAAUGGACCUCGGUCAGAACCGGGAAACAGAAAUCAACAAGAUCCCGAAAGACCUUCCAGAUCCGUCCACCUCAAGCGUCAAAAGAAAGAUGGCUGAUGAUGACAACUCUGACCGCCACCAGUUGUCCAGUCCUGAAACAAAGAGGGUUCGAAAAAACUCUGCAGCUCCGUCCACCUCAAGCAGCAGCAGUUGCUUCCCACCCAGCGUCAAAACAAAGAUGGCUGAUGAUGACGACUCUGACCACCACCAGUUCUCCUGUCCUAAAACAAAGAGGGUUCAAAAACCUGAACCUGAAAAAAAAGAUUUUAACCUGAACAAAUAAGAUUCGAAACUUUUCAUACACAUUCUUAUUUCGAAUUCUUUUUUUAAAAGUUCAAGUCAAGACUAACACUGAAAUCUUUAGGUGCACUUUUUUUUCUUCUCAAACGAACAAAACUAUUUGGCCUGGAUUUGGCUCCCAUACUUCUUCUCCUCCAAUCCUCCUCCAUCACACUGUAGACCUCAAUACUGAGUAUGACUGUCUCUUAGUUUUGGUUGAUGAAGAUGUGCUCUGUAUGUGCGGCAUCCAACAAGAACGCCGUCCGAUCUCAAGUCAAUAAUCACACAAAGAAGUCAGGACCUUACAUCAAUGGACUUCAUAAUAAAGCAUUGCAUUAUA